UUGACGCGUAUUCGCGCCACAGCUGGGUGUGUUGGACUGACAACGGCACGGGUGAGCCGCUGUCUCGUGCUCAUUUUCAUUUAAGAAGAGUGGCGUUUGACAAGAUUUCACGCAGUUGAGUUCUGCGAAUUUAGUUUACUAAUCGACUCACCGCUUCGCUCAACUCUGCAAUUUCGGAGCGCGCAAAUAACUCGAUAGGACAUGGAAACUGCCCCUGGCACUGCUGCGGCCGACGCUGGUGAUCAGAGCAGGAACGAAAUUAGAGACUUCUGGGAUCUCCAUGAACGCCUAGAACAUUCAUGGGCUAACAUCAUAGAAAAUAGCGACAAAGCAGCAGCAAACGGGCAGAAUGCAUCGGCACGGCGCAGUCGCAGUCCUGACGUACUACUGUACGAAACAGACCCUCAAGUGCUCGGCAGGCGUCUAAAGCAAAUAGAGUAUGGCAAGAGUACUGCAGGCUACGAGCAGUACUGUGCUACUGUGCCCAGGAAGAACCGAUCCAAGAACCACCCACGCACACCAAACCGCUUCUUGAAAUACAGCCGAAGGUCAUGGGACGCCCAGAUUCGCAUCUGGCGCAGGCAAUUGCACAUCUGGGAUCCCCCAACAGAACACUCGAAGAAUGCAACUGAUGAGCAGCCAAGUAGUAGUCCUGAUCUCGAUGAUGAUGAUAUUCUUCUUGAUGAAGAUGUUCAAGCCCUGUUGUCCGAAGCUGACUUUUCUGUACAACCAACAGAAGUGGCAAAGAAGCUGGACUUCGAAUAAGCGCAUUUAUUUUAAACAAUGUGUUUUAAUGUAUUUCUCUUCAUGAGGUCCUUGUUAGAAAAGGCUCGUUUCUGCUGUAUUAUCGCAUUUUAUCAUUUUACCGGUAUACAUUUUAUAACCCAGAAUGCAUGGUGUGCUUUUAAGUAUGGUUGUUCUUAUAUAUUCAGACAAAUAAACAUACCGUAUUUACUCGAUUA